CAGGCAAGAAAAUUGAAAUUUAUUGACGAUUGUCUUCUGUCUUGGUAAAAUUAAAAGUGAGAUAAAAUUUUGUGAUUCGUUUUAAAGCUGCACCAUGGCUUCUAUCUUGCAAAGGGCUGCAAUUACUUACCUCAAGACCAAUGCUCGUUCAUCUACGCAUGCUGCUACCGCGGGUGGACAUGGAGGUGGCUGGAAGCUGUGGAAGAACCUGUCUCUAUUCGUAGCACUCCCUGCUGUCGGCCUUGGUAUGCUGAAUGCGUACCUUGCUCAUCAAGAAGGGCACCACGAGCGCCCUCCAUUCGUCCCUUAUGAGUACUUGCGUAUCCGCACUAAGCGUUUCCCAUGGGGUGAUGGCCAGAAAUCCCUGUUCCACAACCCCCAUGUCAAUGCUCUUCCAUCAGGAUACGAAGAUUAGAUUGUCUGUUACAUUCACCAUCACUUUGCUGCAAGAGCAAGUGUACAUGCUUUUAGAGUAAAACAAAUUUGUAUGUGAUAAGUAUCUUAUUAAAAUAAUCUUAAACUCA